GUCAAGAUGAUAUUACAUUUAAUACAUAUCCCGUGGAUAUGUUCCAUGUUGAUGCUCGCAUCAUUGGUACACUCGGCACAUGACAGCGAGAAGAUGAUGAAGAUGAAGAUUAAGAGGAGUUCCCACGUGAAAGGCAACCUGGCCAGUUUCGUGUCCCUUCCUUGCCAUUAUUCAAUGCUGGCCACAUUCUCGCCCUCUAACCAUUCCUUCCAGGAAUCUCCACGCAUCAAGUGGACGAAAAUAGAGGAGGGCAAAGAUGGUAAAAUCAAGAAAGAAACUUUAAUUCUAGUCGCGCAUAACGAUGUGAUAAAAAUUGCUGCUGACUAUGAUGGACGGGUGGCCGUGCCCAAGUACCCUGAGGUUCUGAGUGAUGCCACGUUGACCAUCUGUCGCCUACGGGCUAGCGACAGAGGGCUUUACCGCUGUGAGGUGAUGAUCGGCAUUGAGGAUGAGCAGGACACUGUCUCGUUAGAUGUCACCGGUGUUGUCUUCCACUACCGGGCAGCCCUGAGCAGGUAUGCUCUGAACUUUGAAAUGGCCAAGAAAGCAUGUCAGGCCAACAGUGCCACCAUUGCGACUCCAGAACAGAUUCAGUCAGCUUACGAAGAUGGGUUUGAUCAAUGUGAUGCCGGCUGGCUUUCUGAUCAAAGCGUCAGGUAUCCAAUUACCAAACCUAGACCUGGGUGUUAUGCAGAUAAGAAAGGACAACCAGGUGUGAGAACAUAUGGUCUACGAGAUCCCAGCGAGACGUAUGAUGUGUACUGUUAUGUUGGAGACACACAUGGGAAUGUGUUCCACAUCUCGGCGCCAGGAAAGCUGACGUUUUCAGAAGCCAGGUUGGCGUGCAGGCGCAGGAAUGCCUGGUUAGCCACCACGGGGCAGUUGCACGCCGCGUGGAAGCAAGGCCUGGACCGCUGUGACUAUGGCUGGCUGGCAGAUGGCAGUGCGCGUUACCCCAUCGUCCAUGCUAGGAUUCAGUGUGGAGGGGGGCAGGUCGGAGUGCGGACCAAGUACCGAUAUGACAACAGGACUGGGUUUCCGGAUCCCAACACAAAAUUUGAUGCCUACUGCUUCAGAGGGAGACCUGUAAGGGUGAAAAUACCGCAAAGAGUUUGGGAGCCAAAGGUGGUUCAUGAAACUGCAGCUAAUCUGACAAUCGAGAAGGUAGAACCAGAUGCUACUUCCAUUGGUGUUGUGAAGUUUGGAAAAGCAACCGCUUCUCAAGGUCAUAGUGCAGCUCCAAGUGGAACAUCAAGGCCCGGAGAUGAAACCACUGUAGAAUUAUCAGUAGCUGGAGGAUCCACUGAUAAAGACAGGGUGAAAGUGUCUAUUGCUGAAGGACAGGUUACUGGACAUGGUGAGGAACUACACAAACCAACACCAACCCUCCCAGACUCAUUCAAACCAUCAUCCAGGCUUGAAGUUCAAAGUGUAAGUAGUCUCACCGAAGGGGAAGGAGAAGUUCAAGUGAGCACAGUCUACACGGCUGCAAUGGAGGCUACAACGGAUGAUGAAGAAGAGCUAAAAUCAGCUGUAGCUACCGGCACUGCAGCAAGCUCAGAAAGAGCCAUCCAGAUCAAAGAUGAACCUACGAGCAUCGCACAACCGGCAGACAUUGAUGGAGGGGAAAUAAUAAUCAAAUGUGCAAACGAGAGCACUCAGACAACGAGAGUAGAGGACCAGACACCUGCGGCAUCUACUAUUGUGAUGGCAGCGAGCGUCAGUGGAUCAGUUUUGAUUGAGGGUGAAACCUAUGAGGAAACAGAAGUUAAAGAGGCUGGCAAGUUUGUUGCGUCACCUGUAGCUCCAGUCUCAGCCAUGUCUGGAGCACGUGAGCCUCUAACAGAUUUGCCCCCUACAGUACCCUUUGACCGCAUUUAUGGGGCAACAAGAGAGCCCGACGGCAAGAUUGUGUUGAUAGAUUCAGUGAGUACCUCUGCAAUGGUCUCCGAUGUUAUAUUCCCAUCCACGACCGUACAAGGAGAGGCUAAGCAUGCUGAAACAGAAACCGGCCCACGACCGACUGUAUCUCAAAGUGAAACAGGUGACAUAGUGAUUGUCCCAGGAAGAGUAAGUGCAGUGACAAUAGAACAAGCAACCUUGCCAUCCGCCUUUUCAACAGUAAAACCAACGGCAUCUGCACCUCAAGUGCACAUUGAUGAAGGUGAAGGGUCAACUCUAUCAGUGUCAGACACCAGCAAGGUAAAUAUGACAGAAGUGGAAACCCUCUCUUCAGAAAUUGUAUCCAGUGGAGAUUCUGAGGGUGCUCGUAUUGAGUCAACUAAAUCUGUUGAAAAAUCCUCAGUUCAUUCAGUUACUUUUGAACCUCAGCAAUCAACUCCGCAUCACACACCAAUCUCGCCAGAAGGUACCGUGAAAAUCUCACCAGCAAAACAUCAGCUUGAGAGCACCAUUGUGGAUGACGUUGUUUCUAAUCAUUCCGAGAUUGUUCAGGCACCAGCAUUAUCAACGGAGUCUGCAUUAGUGGAGGAAACCCGUGCUCCUGUGUCAUUGUCGUUGGGGGUUUCCAGCGAGAAAGAUUUGUAUCAGACCAGUAUGCCUCAGGCAGGCAAACCAGGAGUGACAAUCUCAACUGAAGGGCAAUGGAUUACGGAAUUUCACUCUGUUCCAGAUCGACCUAGGCAGCAGGAGAAUGGCACAACAUAUAUCAAUGAGGUUGCCUCCGUGGGUCAGACAGGUAAAGCGAAGGAAAAGCAACCUGAACCUGUUAGUUAUAUCACACUUCAACCAAUGAAAGAACAAAGCGAAGUGCACACUGCUGUCCCGCGUUCUGAACUUUCACCUGAAGUAGAUGUAACAUUUGGACUACCCCUGAAUGAAUCGACAGAUGAUACUGGGUCAGUCCUAGCUACCACAGUUGUAAGUACUCAAACAAAAGAGACUGAAGAAAUGAUUCAUUUAUCUGAAUAUGGUCAUAAGGUAUCAUUUGAGACCCCAUCCCCUGCAUUUGGUGAGAAAAAUCACACGUAUAAUAUUGUUGCAACCAUAGAAACUUCAGAGGCAAAAAGUGAAGAUCAUAUUACAACGAUAAUAACACCUCAGGAAACUAUAUUAACUGAUUCGAUGAUUGUGGUUAAAACUCACCCAGAAGGACCAACACAAAUUGGUUAUGAAGGAACCAGUGCAGAUGUUCACCAGUAUACAUCUUCACUAGCCGAAAGUUCGACCGGUGCAAGCCAUCAGGAAGAGCAAGAAGCCAGUACAACAAUAAGGACUCCCUUUGAACAGAUGACCGAAGAGGUCAGUGUGAUGACCCAAUACCCACCAACACCCCAUUUUCCGGAAAAGGUUGAGGGUGAGCCAGAGAAAGCGAGCUCCCAGCACCCUGGCUUAAUAAAGGAGACGACUCCUGAAAUUGAAAUACUAAGUUCUGCUAUAUUGCACAAUGAAUCAAUUGUCUCCCCAGCCACAGAAGGAGAGGAGAGGGAGGGUUCUGGUUUAAUGGAGGGAACUGUGGCCAAGCACGAAGAAAUGACGGCAACCUUUCAAACGCCAGAACCUGUUCAUAUCAAAGUUGUUUCCACAACAAUUGUUACCACCCCUCAGGUCGUCGUGACAUCAACUACACCAAAACCAUCGACCAUAACAGCACCUUCUUCUGAAAUUAGUCCAGAUUCUAGUCUUUCUGUGAUAAAGUAUGACAUUAAAGCUACUGAGAAACCUAAACAGUUAGCGACAAGUGCAUCUCCAAUUAUUAUUGAAAAUGAGCCCGGUGAGACAACAGCAGAAGAGACUGUAAUUAUCGGUGAAUCAGUUACCCAGCCUCCUGCUAUCGUGGAGAUUGAUUUAACUGACACUGUUACACCAUUGGAUAUUGAUAGUGAAUAUUUCACUGCUCCAACCUCCAGAACAAAGCUGGUAUCGACAGCCUCAAAACCUUCACCUCCAGCCCCUAAGGCCACUCAGCUAGCUCCAUCAGCCACUUCAUCAUCAGCUACAGACUCCCCGGCCCCAUUGGAAACCAGGGAACCACAAAAGGCUGUGGCUAUCGAUGAAAAAUUACUUGUUAGCACAGCAGCACAGAAGCAAGUGUCAACAGAUCAAGAUCUUGUAACAGGAGAAACUGAAGUGGAGAGAUCUACUCCAACAGAGCCACUGCUAGGAUCUUCAACAGAAGAUCCAACAAAACUAGUGGGUUCCAAGAUACACCUUGUUCACAUUCAUAUUGAUGUGGGAGAAACAGGCAGUGGAGAGCCGAACCUGUCGCAGUUCUUCCUACCACAAGUGCCCACAGCAGCUCCCAUUGAAGAUGGCCAGCCACCUCUUAGCUUUAUUCCUGGGAAGACUCGGAUGGAGUUCGACCCGCCAUUUGAGAAGCUAGAUGGCGAGGAGGCAAGGGGAGACCAAGUUGAGAAGGUAUCUCCGAGUUUAAGUGCAAUACAAGAUUUGGAUAAUACAGAAAAAUAUACUGAAAUGAAGGAGUAUUUAACAAUUGAGAGCAAGACUGCUGAAACUGAGGAUUCGGGAAUUUCCACAGAAAGACCAAAAGUAGUUUCCAGCGCUGAAAGUCCAGCUGAACAUACUGCAACUUUUGGAGUUACGCAGAACCAGAUGAAAAUUCAUUCUGGCCCAGAAGGUCCUUUUGAGAGAGAGCAUGGGCUCAUCUCACCUGCCACCCAUGGCUUGUCCCAAAGUAUAACCAAGUCAGUAGAAGGGGAACCACACCUCCUCGGAAUUGUGACAACUGCAUCGGAAGACAUUACUUCACAAAAAUCUGCUGUGAAGAUCACAACUGAAGGCAGCAUUGCACAAGAAGCAUUUGAUAAAGAAGUGGUUGAGGGUUCUGGUGAAGGGCAUAAACCAGCUUCAGACAAUCUGAAUGAAACCUCAGUGAAGCCAGUUACUGUAAUGAGACCAGAACUAUAUUCAAAAGACUUUGGCAAAGGUUUAAUAAAAGAAAUAGUAACACCGACUGAAAUGCACACAGAAAUUUUAACGAUGUCUACACCAUACAAAGCUGGAGAUGCAGAAAUAGUAAGUUUGUCACCAAUUACAAAGUUAACUGUUUCCCCCAGUAUUACUGUGCCAUCUUUAACUGAGGAAGAUCGAGGCAUUAUCACAGAAAGUUUGCAACGACAAACUAAAAAUAUCACCGAAUUAUAUGAGAGUAGCGAUCGCAAAACAUUAAAGCCAGAAGAAAGAACAGAAAAACUAAAAUAUGAAGCAGAGUCUGCUCCACCAAUCAAGAUGACAACAAGCAGCUUUGCAGUUUUUACCGACAAACCUGCUCUGGAUUCUUCAACGUCAAUAAAACCCACUGAGAAACAAACACAGCAUACUGAGAAAAUGAAAGAGGCCCCAAGCAUAGAAACAGAAUUCGGUUCUGGCGAAGUUAUGACCAAGGAUACAAUGAUUUUAUCACUUACAGAGAUUCCACCAGUGAUUGUUGAAAAGGAAAUCUUGAACACAUCUAUUUCAGUAACAAAAGCAGUGGAUGAAGGAGUUCGCCAUGAUGACCUUGUAACAACCUUUGAAAAGAGAACUCAAGCAAUCACAUCGGAGGAACCAUCAGUGGUCCCUGAGUAUAAAACCAUCCCAGGCAAAGUGCUCACGGAACCUCCGGCAACUGAUGAGCCUGGUAUAACAGAGAAAAUUUCAGUCAAACUACCUCUUACCCAAGAGUUUGAGAGUUCUGGCGAGGGAAUGUUUGCAAGUGGACACGCUCAGUUUGAUCCAGAUCUUUCCACUCUGGAGGUGAGCAGCACUGUGUCUCCAGCGAUGAUCAGAACUGCACUGGAUGGGAAAACUCUGCACACUGCUGUGCCAGUGCUACCUGGUCAAGAGACUGGAUCACCCACAUCUGGAUUACCUGAAGCACAGAGAGAGAGAGAAGGUGUACUGGUAGAAGUCCACACACAGGUACCAGACACGUUGGCCACAACAGUUGUGGUUGGUGAUAAGGAAGCCAGAUCGACAUUGGAUUCAGUGACAAGAAAAAUGGAUGAAGGAGAGCUUCCUGUCACUGCAACCCCAAUAAUUAAAAAAAAGUCCCAGGAAACCACAUUGGAAACUGCUUCAGACAUCACUGUAAUCAAAACCAUCCCAGAGAAAGUAGUUAUGUCAUCAACUGUGGAACCUCCAGCGAUUGAUGAAUCUGGCAUAACGGAGAAAAUUUCCAUCAAAUUUCCUCUUUCUCCAGAGUUUGAGAGUUCUGGUGAAGGAAUGUUUACAACUGGACACACUGGUCAGUUUGAUCCAGAUCUUUCCAUGCUGGAGGUGAGCAGCCCCCCGUCUCCAGUGACGAGCAGGAUUUCAUUGGAUGGGGAAUCCGAGCACACUGCUGUUCCAACAGCAACCAGUCGAGGGACUGGAACACCCACAUCUACAUUAUCUGAGGCACACAGAGAGAGGGAAGGUUUACUGGUAAAAGUCCACACACAGGUGUCAGACACAUCGUCCACAACAGUUGCGGUUGGUGAUAAAGAAGCUUCAUCUUCAUUAGAUUCAGUGACAAGAAAAACAGACGAAAGAGAACCUUCUGUCACUGCUACCUCGGUAAUUAAAAAAAAGUCUGAAGAAUUCACAUCAGAAAUCCCAUCAAUUGCCACUGUAAUCAAAACUAUACCAGAGAAAGUAGUUACGUCAUCAACUGUGAAACCUCCAGCCAUUGUGGAAUCAUUAAUUACGGAGAAAGUUUCAGUUAAAGACACUGUUACUGCAGAAUUUGAGAGUUCUGGUGAGGGACCGAUCACAUCCAAGCAAACUAUUGACUCUGGUCCUGAUCUUUCCACUGUAGAAACCAGCUCGACUGUUCGACCAGUGACUGCUAAAAUGCUGGUGGAUCAGGAAGCUUUCUGGAGCACUGCUACAGUGGCAGGUGUGGGUGAGGAGGAACUUUCAGGGUCUGGCAUGAUGGAGGCACCCACAGGGAUGGAAGGUGUGCCACUCAAAGUCCACACACAAGCAGCAGACACGUCUGCAGCAACAGUUGUGAUCAGGGACAGGGAGACCAGAUAUAUGGUGUCCAUCCCCAGUGAAAUGGAAGAGGGAGCUCCCCGUGAUACUGUUACACCUGUCAUCGAGAAAACAUCUCAAGAAUUCACAUCAGAAGCUCCGUCAGUGAUCACUGAGAUCAAAACCAUCAGCGACAAAGUGGAGAUCGAGUCAACGGUGAAACCUCCAGCAAUUGAUGAAGUUGGAACAAUAGAGUUUGAGAGUUCUGGUGAAGGAAUGUUUACAAGUGAACACACUGUUCGGUUUGAUCCAGGUCUUUCCACACUGGAGGUGAGCAGCCCCCCGUCUCCAGUGACGAGCAGGAUUUCAUUGGAUGGGGAAUCCCAGCACACUGUUGUUCCAGCAGCAACCAGUCGAGAGACUGGGAUGCCCACAUCUGGGUUACCUGAGACACACAAAGACAGAGAAGGUUUGCUGGGAAAAGACCACACACAAGUGCCAGACACAUUAGCUGCAACAGUUGUGGUUGCUGAUAUGGAAACCUUAUCUACGUUAGAUUCAGCAACAAGAAAAAUGGAUGAAAGAGAACCUUCUGUCACUGCUACCUCGGUAAUUGAAAAAAUGUCUCAAGAAUCCACAUCAGAAACUCCAUUAGUUAUCACAGAGAAAGUAGUUACAUCAUCAAUUGCAAAACCUCCAGCAGUUGUGGAAUCUGGAAUUACGGAGAAAGUUUUAGUUGAACUCCGUCCUUCGGAGUUUGAGAGUUCUGGUGAAGAACUGUUCACUUCCAAAGGAAUUCCUCAGUUUGGAGCUAAUCUUUCCACCUUAAGAAUGACCUCAACUGAUUCACCAGCAACUGGCAAACCGUCAGUGGAUGAGCAAGCUUUCUGGACCACUGCUACAGUGGCAGAUGAGGGUGAGGAGGAACUUUCAGGGUCUGGCAUGAUGGGGACACCCACAGGGAUGGAAGGUGUGCCACUCAAAGUCCACACACAAGCAGCAGACACGUCUGCAGCAACAGUUGUGAUCGGGGACAGCGAGACCAGAUAUACGGUGUCCAUCCCCAGUGAAAUGGAAGAGGGAGCUCCCCGUGAUACUGUUACACUUGUCAUCGAGAAAGCAUCUCAAGAAUCCACAUCAGAAGCUCCGUCAGUGAUCACUGAGAUCAAAACCAUCAGCGACAAAGUGGAGAUCAAGUCAACGGUGAAACCUCCAGCAAUUGAUGAAGCUGGUACAACAGAGAAAAUCUCCAAAUUUCCUCUUUCUCCAGAGUUUGAGAGUUCUGGUGAAGGAAUGUUUACAACUGAACACACUGGUCGGUUUGAUCCAGGCCUUUCCAUGCUGGAGGUGAGCAGCCCCCCGUCUCCAGUGACGAGCAGGAUUUCAUUGGGUGGGGAAUCCGAGCACACUGCUGUUCCAGCAGCAACCAGUCGAGAGGCUGGAACACCCACAUCUGGGUUACCUGGGAGACACACAGAAGGUACACUGGUAAAAGUCCACACACAGGUGCCAGACACGUUGGCCACAAAAGUUGUGGUUGGUGAUAAGGAAAUCAGAUCAACAAUAGAAUCAAUGACACGAGAAAUGGAUGAAGGAGACCCUUCUGUCACGGCUACCCCAGUAAUUAAAAAAAAGUCCCAAGAAUCUACGUCAGAAACUCCAUUGGCUAUCACAGAGGGCAAAAUGAUCCCAGAGAAAGUGGUUACAUCAUCAACUGUGAAACCUUCUGCAAUUGUGGAGUCAGGAAUUACGGAGAUUGCUUCAGUUAAAGAAGUCCUUCCUUCAGAACCCGAGAGUUCUGGUGAAGAGCUGUUCACUUUGGAAGAAAUUCGUCAGCUUAGUCCUGAAAUAUCCACCUUAGAAAUGACCUCAACUGUUCUGCCAGUAACUGGUAAACCGUUAGUGGAUCAGGAAGCUUUCUGGACCACUGCUACAGUGGCAGAUGAGGGUGAGGAGGAACUUUCAGGGUCUGGCAUGAUGGAGACACCCACAGGGAUGGAAGGUGUGCCACUCAAAGUCCACACACAAGCAGCAGACACGUCUGCAGCAACAGUUGUGAUCGGGGACAGCGAGACCAGAUAUAUGGUGUCCAUCCCCAGUGAAAUGGAAGAGGGAGCUCCCCGUGAUACUGUUACACCUGUCAUCGAGAAAACAUCUCAAGAAUUCACAUCAGAAGCUCCAUCAGUGAUCACUGAGAUCAAAACCAUCAGCGACAAAGUGGAGAUCAAGUCAACGGUGAAACCUCCAGCAAUUGAUGAAGUUGGUACAACAGAGAAAAUCUCCAAAUUCCCUCUUUCUCCAGAGUUUGAGAGUUCUGGUGAAGGCAUGUUUACAACUGAACACACCGGUCGGUUUGAUCCAGGCCUUUCCACGCUGGAGGUGAGCAGCCCCCUGUCUCCAGUGACGAGCAGGAUUUCAUUGGAUGGGGAAUCCGAGCACACUGCUGUUCCAGAACUACCUAGUCGAGGGACUGAAACACCCACAACUGGAUUACCCGAGUCACAGAGAGAGGGAGAAGGUGUAAUGGUAAAAGUCCCCCCACAGGUGUCAGACACAUCAACCACAACAGUCCUCAUUGGUGAUAUUGAAACCAGAUCUGUAGCAGAUUCAGUGACAAGAGAAAUGGAUGAAGGAGAACGUCCUGUCACUGCUACCCCAAUAAUUAAAAAAAAGUCCCAAGAAUUCACAUCAGGAAUCCCAUCCAUCAUAACGGAGAUGAAAACCAUCCCAGAGAAAGUCGUCACGUCAUCAACUACGAAACCUUCAACAAUUGUGGAAUCUGGGAUUACGGAAAAAGUUCCAGCUAAAGUGGUUCCUUUUCCUGAAUUGGAGAGUUCUGGUGAAGGACUGUUCACUUCCAAACAAAUUGUUGAGUUUGGUCCUGAUCUUCCCACCUUAGAAGUUAGUUCAGCUGUUCCAACAGUGACUGGUAAAAAGUUAGUGGAUGAGGAAAGUCUUCAGGGCACUAGUACUGUGGCACUUGAGAGAGAGGAUGAAUUUUCAGGAUCUGGUAUGAUGGAGGUGCACACACAGAGGGAAGGUGUGCUAGUCAAAGUCCACACACAGCCAGCAGCGUUUGAGAUUGGGGACAGUGAGACCAGAUAUACAUUAGUAUCCAUCCCCAGUGAAACAAAAGAGGGAGUUCCCCAUGAUACUGUUAGUCCCAUCAUUGGAAAAACUUCUCAAGAAUCUACAUCAGAAUCUCCAGAAGUGAUCACUGACUUCAAAACCAUCAAAUUGGAGAUCAAGUCAACUGUGAAAACUCCAGCAGCUGAUGAUUCUGGUACAACGGAGAAAAUUUCCAUCAAAUCCCCUCCUUUUCCAGAAUUUGAGAGUUCUGGUGAGGGAAUAAGUGGACACAUUGGCCGGUUUGAUUCAGUUGUUUCCACACUGGAGGUGAGCAGCCCCUUGUCUCCAGUGACGAACAGGACUUCAUUGGUUAAGGAAAAUGUACACACUGCCACUUCGGUACUGCCUGGUCGAGGGACUGGAACGCCCACAUCUGGAUUACCCGAGUCACAGAGGGAGAGAGAAGGUGUAAUGGUAGAAGUCCACACACAGGUGUCAGACACAGCGACUGCAACAUUUGGCAUUGGUGAUAUUGAAACGGGAUCUGAGGUAGAUUCAGUGACAAGAGAAAUGGAUGAAGGAGAACGUCCUGUCACUGCUACCCCAGUAAUUAAAAAAAAGUCCCAAGAAUUCACAUCAGGAAUCCCAUCUAUCAUAACGGAGAUGAAAACCAUCCCAGAGAAAGUCGUCACGUCAUCAACUACGAAACCUUCAACACUUGUGGAAUCUGGGUUUACGGAAAAAGUUCCAGCUAAAGUGGUUCCUUUUCCUGAAUUGGAGAGUUCUGGUGAAGGACUGUUCACCUCCAAACAAACCGUUGAGUUUGGUGCUGAUCUUUCUACCUUAGAAGUGACCUCGACUGUUCCUCCUGUGACUGGUAAAACAUUGGUGGAUGAGGAAAUUCUCCAGAGCAGAACUACAGUGGCACAUGAGAAAGAGAUGGAAUUUUCAGGGUCUGGCAUGGUGGAGACACACACACAGAGAGAAGGUGUGCUGGUGAAAGUCCAUACAGAACCAACAGACACACCUACAGCAACGGUUGAGACUGGUAAAAUGUUGGUGGAUGCUACUGUGACCCAUGAGAGAGGGGAAGAAUUUUCAGGAUCUGGAAUGAUGGAGACACAUACACAGAGGGAAGGUGUGCUGGUGGAAGUUCACACAGAACCAGCAGAUAAGUCUGUAGUAACAGUUGUGAUUGGGGAUAAGGAAACCGAACAUAUGUUAGAGUCAGUCACAAGCACAAUGGAAGAGGGGGUUCCCCAUGAUACAAUUACACCUGUCAUUGGAAGAACAUCUGAAAAAUUUACAUCUGAAGCACUAUCAGUAAUCAAUUUAACUAUGAAGCCUCCAUCAACUUCUGAAAUAAUGGACAGAUUCCCAGCAAUGGGUUUCGACAGUGAAGGAGAUAACAGAUCUGUAUCAGUUCCAGCCCCAGGUGUAAUAGGUGAGGAUGCUCACCCUGCUACUAUAACAUCGCCAUUUGAACAAUCCAUGUCUUCAGCAACCACAGCCAGUACAGUGAUUGAACAAAUACAAGGGAUUGUGGUUACAGAGCCUUCUGAGAUAUCUCCAGUAACCACUUCAACAGAGAAGGACUCACAGAAACAGACCCCUUCUUCAGUUGUUGGGGGUUCUGGUGAAGAAACGUCAUCUUCCAAAGACUUUACCAAGAUUUCAGCUUCAGAUUUGACAGGUGCUGUAACAUUAGGUGCAAGUCUUCCAAUUGAUAAGGGAGUCCUCCGUGCUGACAUUACCCCGGCAAUGGAAGAAGUCAUGUCUGCAAAGCCUGAAGCACACACAAAAUCAGCUGAAGGAUUCACUGCAUCAAUAAUAGAGAGAGCUACAGAGAUUCAGUCUAGGGAAGUGGAAAGUUCAGGUGAAGACAUUCUCACCAUGACUGUUCAGACAUUUGUCCUGGGUACUUCUGAUAUAGGUACCAAGGCCAAGGAUCUCACUUUCACUUCCGAGCCCAGCCAACAAAUUUCAGUGACCAGGAAACCAACAGCAAUACCAUCGAUGGACUCCUUAGUUGAAAUUACAACUCUAAGUAAGAAACUUACAGAUGUUGAACUGAAGUCUGAGAUGAGUACAGUGGGACAAAAACUAAAGUCAGAGUCAGAAGGAAGUGUUCAGACAGUUCACUCAGAAGAAGGAGGGACCACUGAAAGUGAAGAAGACUCUAGAGAGAGGAAAGUGCAGAAAACAAAAGAAUCUACAGAAGAAGGAUCAAGCACAAGUUCAAUAAUUGAACAGGAGAGCUCUAGUGAAGAGGAAAGUCAGCCAACUACUGUCGCUGCACAUGUCAUUUCAACACUGGGAACACGAGAGAAAACUGAACUUAAAUCACAACCAACUGAAACAUACGAUAGGCAUUCUUUAUCUCCCAGGGAACCAUCAUUGGAUGUUCAAGAAGGAAUCAGUACAUUGACUGAGGAAGUAAGUCCUUCUACCUUAACAGCGAUAAAGUCAGAUGAUCAGCCUUCCACUCAUUCUAUUCCAGACCUGACAAGUAAAGAGCUUUUAUCAAUACCUGUCCAAACUGAAGGGCUAAAGGAUGGAUUUCAACCUAAAAUGGUUCAAUCUGUAAGCACCAAAGAAGUUGAUCUCAUGAAUUAUACCCAAGUUAUCCAGAGCAUUGAAGAUAGUCAAAUGGAUCACAGGAAAUUUGUAAUGAUGUUGCAAACAGUUAAACAAGGGCUGAAGGAGGGGACACCGCAGCCUUCAGUGAAGACACCAACAUGGUCACCUGUCUUCCUUGAAGAAAAAGAUGAUGAUGAGCUGCCUGAAUAUGUUGGCUCUCCUGAAAAUAUUAGCAUCAUUUAUAUUAAUGGGAGGAACAAUGGCAUGAGUAUUAUGGAAGAACAGAAGAUUGGAACUACCACAAAACUGGAUGGUAUGAUAGAUGCUGAUAGAAAACUAGAAGAUGUACGACAAGAAAUUGAAGUAAAAAUUGUGUCUUCAACUCAUCUGCCAGCAGAUAAUGCAUCAAGAAGUUCCGGAAUUAUCCAAGCUGAGACAGUGGAGUAUCAUGAUAUUGAAUUACUCAGGAAGGAUGUUGAUGGAUCAGGAGAAAUAUCUUCACCUUUAAGGACAGUAAUGCCAGAGUUAACACAAGCAACCAGCACAACUGCUAGAGCAGUUUCCUUUGAUGAUAUCAGAACAGGUAUGACUGAGCUUCAGACAAAAGAUGCAUUCCCUGCAGUUAUGAGUACAAUUUUACCAGGAAGAGUUGAAGACACCUCUCAAGAAGGUUCUAGUGAAGAAGAGACGCAUACAACUCUGGAGGCUUCUUUGAAGGAAAUUGCUGGUCCAACCAUAUUCUCAGAAACAUCAAUUACAUACGUAAUGGGCAAUGACACAGAGUAUGCAAGCAUUCAUCCAGCUGAAGAAGAUACUCAGUCCACAACUAAGCCUACAAUAUCCAGUAUAUUUGAAGAGGAAUUUUCUGGAGACAGCACUGCAAGGACUGAAGAUAAAAUAGUCAGCCACAUCCCAGAUGCUGUUACCACCUCUACACCAACCUCAUUUGAACUUGAUUCUAAAAUCAUUAAGACUGACAGUUUACCAGCAAAAUCAACUCCUGUGCAUUCUACUGAAGAACCAUCUCAAAUUUUGACACGCGUCCCAGGCAAACAUGUUGAAGUAUCCACUGAUAGCAUUAUCUCAUCAUCUGCUAAAGGUUUAAUACAAGAAGAAGAAAGUACAUCAAUAAAGUUCUCUGAAGAUACACGCAAGGAUGAGUUUAAAGCCACACUACCAAUAAUGGGGGGAGCUAAACUGGUAGAAUCAGAAACAUUGCCUUCACUGCUGACUUUAGUCAAUGCUUCUACAAAGGAGGACUCAGGAAAAAGUCAGAUAAUUUUACAGCCAACCGUUCCUGAAAAGAUUUCACAAACGCCAGAAAAGGGGACAGAGGAAAGAAUAGAUAUUAUUACUUCAUCAGAACUUGAUGUGACAUCACGGCACAUGGAAAGCUCAACAACAGACUCUGUUCCCCUCAAAACCUUAGAGAAAGAAAUAAUAACACAAACAAUAGCUUAUUCAGCAACUGAACAAAAGAUAUCUUCACAUGCAGCGAAAAGACCCAGUGAAGAGCUUAGUACAGGAGCAGCAACAGAUUCCCAUAGAGUCACGCUUAAAGAAGCAGAGUCAUCAACAACACAAAAUAUUUAUGUAGAGAUUUCUAAAGAGACUGUUAUCAGUGUAACACCUCUAUGGCCAUCUACAGAAUGGAAAGAUGAAAAAGGCGUAACAGAAUCUGUCAGGGUCACAGUACCCCCAACUUUAUAUGAGAGCUCAACAGAGAAGCUGAAAUCAUUUGAUGAGCAGGAACCAACUCUGGUAUUAACAGGUCAUCUGACAACGACCUCUGUGGUUGAGUCGUUGGACCCCAGUAAACCAAUAACUGGUGAGCCGAUAACUGGACAUGAGACAUCAUUAACUAGUGGAGAGGCUGUUCACAUACCAGUACACAUUAACCCAUGCGAUGAAAGCCCUUGCCACCACGGAGGCAGUUGUUUUGCACGGGAAACCAGCUUCAUUUGUACCUGCUUGCCUGGAUAUACUGGAGAACAUUGCGAAAUAGAUAUUGAUGAGUGUCAGUCGAACCCUUGCCAAAACGGAGCCACGUGCGUUGAUGGUGUCAACUGCUUCACUUGUGUCUGCUUGCCAAGUUAUGGCGGCACUCUGUGCGAGAGAGAUACGGAGGAUUGCGAUUUUGGAUGGCACAAGUUCCAAGGACAUUGCUACAAAUACUUCGGCCACCGGCGGAACUGGGAGGACGCGGAGAAGGAUUGUCGCCUGCAGGGAGCUCACCUGUCCAGCAUCCUGACGCACGAGGAGCAACUCUUUGUGAAUCGUAUUGGCCAGGACUACCAGUGGAUUGGCCUAAAUGACAAAAUGUUUGAACGUGAUUUUCGCUGGACUGAUGGAAGUCCUCUGCAAUAUGAAAACUGGCGGCCUCACCAGCCCGAUAGUUUCUUUUCUUCAGGCGAAGACUGUGUGGUUAUGAUCUGGCAUGAGGACGGCCAGUGGAAUGAUGUUCCAUGUAAUUACCACCUCACCUACACAUGCAAAAAAGGCACAGUUGCUUGUGGCCAACCACCGGUGGUGAAAAAUGCUAGAACAUUUGGGAAAUUGAAGCCUCGAUAUGAAAUAAACUCAAUGGUCCGAUACCACUGCAGUCGUGGCUUCAUCCAGCGGCAUUUUCCAAUCAUUAAGUGUCGGACCAAUGGAUACUGGGAUAAGCCAAAAGUUGCCUGUUUAACACCUUCCAUAUAUCAGCAAAAUGCCCCCAAGUACAUCCAAGGAUUAUAUCGAAAAGGAACAAAAAGUUCAUAUGGCCAUGUCCGACACCAGCAUUCCUGGAUAAACAAAUUAUAUUCGAGGCACUGACUACACCACUGAAUGGUGGGAAAACUGUUCCUUGCAAUUCGAGCCAAACCUGUUCCAAACAGUGCCUAGAGUAACACAUUGGAGGGAGGGGUGGGGUGGGAGGUAAGAGAUUGAGCAGGGUGGGGGAUGAUUUGAUUUGAUGAAAGAAAACAUUUGGGAGAGAUCAAACAGCAGUUUCUUCAAAUGUGAUUAUUAACAAAAGAGGACUGCAAAACUCUUCAAGGUGAUAUUAAUGAGUUAAAUUAAAAUGAAAUUGUAGUUCUGUUGCUUGUUCGUGCAUUCCAUGGUACAAAUAUUACUGCAGACGUUGCAUAAGUUGACAAUUCUCAUGCCAUUCAGUAAUGCUUUACAAAUAAUGGGUAAACGUAUUUAUAUGUGGACAAAACUGUUCUUAAUCUGUUUAGAGCAUAUAGAACAUUUUUGCACCUUUUAUCCAUCAUCAGCUUUCCUUCUUUUCCCUCCUUUCAGUAGUUACAGCCAUAUCAGCAAUCGUGAUUUAACAUUAAACUCACCCUUUUCACUUCUUCAAGCUAAGUUUUCAGAUAGCCGAAUGAAUGAACUUUUUUAAAAUUUCAAAACUUAUUACAUCAUCUAGUGGAGCAUUUAAUCUACCUUCCGGCAACAUUUACAGUAUUGCAAGCACCCUCAUGAAGGGUUGGAGAAAGUGUUUAUGCCAUUAUUUAAGAGGUUGCCCAAGGAGCAUUUCGGCUGUUGUUCCCAAAUAUACAAUUCUGAUCUCUACAAUAAGCAAUGUAAAGUCUACAGAUAAUGGAAAAGGCUAACGGUGCAUAAACAUGAGAGAAAACCAUUUUUGUAGAACUUGGAUGAGUAAUUGUCUGAUUUACAAGUGUUCAACAACUCCCUUCCUCAACCAGUCUUUCACUCCUACAGCUGCAAGACCCCUGUGUAGUGUAUUUCUAAGGAUGCCGGGUGGGAUCAAGCCCAGAGACUGCAUUGUGAAGCUGCUUUUUAACUCACAUGGACACAAGCAAUCAAAAUAGCAAAUGCAAAAAGGACGCUACGUUACCUUUGCAAAAACCAGUUGGUUCUUUGAGGUCAAAGUGCUAAUAUAUUAACUUUCUCAGAUAUGGCAGCUUUUUUGCGGCCCUCACUAAUCACACUACGAUACGGAGCUGCCUUUUUCUAAGGGUGAAUUAUAAACCUCCAGUUUUUUUGUAAAAAAAAACCCAAAAAAAUAAAUUAAUUUUUGUAUAUAUCACCAUCCUAGUUCAUUUUUUAAAUGAAUGUUUGUCAGAAUGUGACAGUUGUAUAGUGCGUGACAAUGACGUAUGGCCAUUUCGUUUAAUUGAUGGGUUUUUAUUAAUUUGCCUUAGAAGGACUGGAUAGAAAAAAAAACAAGCUAUAUUUUUGUAACAUUUCUGCUGUUAACCCUUGGGUAUCUGUAUAAAGCAACACACGCGUUUAAAAUUAGCACAAUGGAAACAGAUUAAAAUAUUUCAUUUUGAAUUGAAUUUCAAGGGAAUGAUUUUUAUAUUUUGAAAAUUUUCAUUCGAUGUCUAUGGGAAUGGGUGGAGAUUUUCUCACUGAAGGGGGAGUCAAAUCUCACUGAUUUAUUUAAAUUCACCUGUGGAAAGGUUUGAAUAGAAAAAUUAUUUCUAAAUCCAAGGGUUAAUGUGGUCAGAGCAAAAAGAAUGUCCAGUAAUUAAACCUGAUCUGGCCAGCAGCAGAUUUUUUUUUUGAAAUGUUUUGCAGUAGAUUCAUUUUUAAAAGGAAAAUAACCCGGUUGCUUCACCCAAUUGUCUUCAUUUUUUUUUCUUUUUAUGAACAGCAAUAGAAAUGACUCUGUAUGAAAUUCUCCCUUUGCAAUGCACACAGAGCAAUACUGUAUUUAUAUUUUAAAUUGUAUAGUGUAUAAUGUGAAUGUUUGGAAUUUUGUGACUGAAAUGCUGAUAAACUUUUGUUACUUUUUUUACAUGUGUUUCACCAAAGAAACAAAAAAAAAACAAACUUGGCCAUUCUGUUUCUACUUUCCUGCAUUAGACCUACUGAUAGAACUGACUUGAAACACAUUAUUAAAGAAAAUAAUGAAUCCUCUGGUAAAACUG